AUGGGUGGAGUUGACCUUGUUGAUAGAAUGAUGAGCUACUAUCGCAUGAGUGGCCAUACAAAGAAAUGGACACUGCGGAUGCUGAUGCACUCUACGGAUCUGGCUUUAGCCAACAGCUGGCUACUGUAUCACAAAGACCUCACUGUGAAUGGCACACCAAAGAAGAACAUUAUGCAGCUCCUUGAAUUCUGUAUGGAAGUGGCCAUGACCUUCUUGGCUCAGCAUGACAAGACAACUCUGACUUUUCAGAGCAGGAAGAUGACCCAGACGUUUCAGUCCAAGGGAAAAAGCGUCCAGUGUAGGCAGUGCCCCACAUCUUAG